AUGCCCCCCCAAGAUGAUGCACCGGCUGGUGAUGAUAAAGAGUCAGAUGAUGUAGAAAAGGGGAAUGGUGGGCAGGCCCAUUCGGAGGCAAAAAACACUCCUGAAGGACCCAAACAUAUCACCUUCCAGCAGCCAAAGGGAGACGAUGAGCGUCCUAACCGCCGUACGUCUGGAGAGCGUGAACGUCGCAGGUCACGCUCUAGAAGUCGUCACUCCUUCAGCAGCGCUCGCGGAGGUACGGGAGGCAACCCUCUUACCGGCAUCCCUAUCGAGUUCCGUACGCUGUCCAUCCAAAUCAGCGAAUCUGGCAAUGUCACCACGGAGCUGUCCAAGGGAGACUCCAGCCGCACAAGCGCCCACAACGAUAAGGAAUAUUUCGAGAAGCUUGAUUUCCACCUUCUCCCUCGGGAGCGGCUUUGCCAACAGUUCAAUGUCUCGUCUGAACAAGGUCUCAGCGUCGAAGCUGCAAGCGCUCGCCUCCAGCGAGAUGGCAAGAAUACUAUCCCUCGCCGUCGCCCCAACUACCUCCGCAAGAUCCUAGGUUAUAUCUUUGGCGAUUUCUGCUCUGUCCUAUGGGUGGGUGUGGUGAUCUUCUUCAUUUGCUGGAAGCCCCUUAGCAACCCGCCAUCUCCAGCAAAUCUAGGAAUGGCAAUUCUCGUUCUCAUCGUCAUCUUUUUGCAAGCUGGCUUCUCAGCCUUCCAAGACUGGUCUACCGGCCGGGUGAUGAAUUCUAUCCUCGACCUUCUACCUUCUGAGGCCCAAGUCGUUCGCGAUGGCAACAUCAUCCGAGUUCCAGCUACUGAGCUUGUCGCCGGAGACAUAGUACACAUCUCAUCCGGCAACAAAGUACCAGCGGAUAUGAGAUUGAUUUCAAGCUCUGGUGACGUUCGUUUCGAUCGGUCAGUUCUUACCGGAGAGUCAGACGAGGUCGAAGGCGCCCUCGAUGCAACCGAACACAACUUUCUAGAAACACGUAACAUUGCUUUCAUGGGUACUGGCGUUACGAAUGGUCGUGCUGUGGGAAUUGUUGUCUUGACUGGCGGUCGCUCGCUCAUGGGCCGUAUAGCCAUGGUCACAACCAAUGUCAAAGAAAAGCCAACAUUAAUUCAACAAGAAAUUACUCGAUUUGUUCGCAUUAUCGUGUGUCUGACUUGUGUCCUCGCUGCGUUGCUACUGUUCAGCUGGGUUGGUUGGAUCAGAAUUAAACAUGCCGCGUUUAUGGAUGUCGUUGCAAUGCUGAACAAUGUCCUCGGGUGUGUCGUUGCCUUCAUACCUGAGGGUAUGCCUGUUGGAGUUGCCCUCACAAUGAUGAUGAUUGCCAGUCGCAUGAAAUCUGCCAACAUCUUGCCUAAAGGCCUAUCCACAGUUGAGACCCUCGGCUGCGUUAACGUCCUCUGCUCUGACAAAACUGGUACAUUGACACAGAACUUGAUGACCGUUAAGUCAAUUGGCCUCGUGGAUAAAGAAUAUACCACCGACGAAUUCAAAAAUGACAUUAAGGAGGAAUUCCACCGUGGCUCCAUCCUUUGCAAUGAUGCUUUUUUUGAACCUACCACCCUCAACCAGCCCCUUGACGAAAGAGCCAUCAAUGGCAAUGCAACAGACUGCGCUAUCCUGCGCGUAGCCGAAGCUGCGUCUGUGUCUAAGCACGUUGUUUCUGAAAACGAUAGGGUCUUCCAAAUCCCUUUUAACUCACAGAGCAAGUGGAUGCUCACGAUGCAUAAACCACAAGGUACAAGCAACCCAUCUAGCUAUGAAGUUUUUGUCAAAGGAGCACCGGAUGUCCUCCUCCCAAUGUGUACUUCGUAUUGGUCAGCAAAGGAAAACAGAGUUAUGCGACUCAAUGAAGCAGCAAAACGACAGCUUUCAGCAUUCCAAGAGAAACUUUCCCGGAAAGCUGAAAGAGUUAUUCUCCUCUGCCAGCGUCGGUAUGCCCCACAAGCCCCCCUUGGCUCCAACUACUUUGGCGAUGAGAUCAAGGUGAACUGCAUUAAAGAUCUAACGGUCAUUGGUCUGUACGGCAUCAUUGACCCCCCACGUCCAGAAGCGAGGUCAACGGUUGCUUCCUGUCGUCGUGCUGGCAUCCGCUUCUUCAUGGUUACAGGAGACUUCGGGUUGACAGCCGCCGCAAUUGCACGCGACAUUGGUAUUUUCUCCGGAACUGCCGAACCCGAUCGCAUUCGUGGGUUUGAGACUCAAGAUACUUCUUCUGCUAUGAAGAAGGGUAACUCUCAGUUGGAUGCCGCGUUCUCUUCUAAGAGCUUGCUGGUCGAAGGCCCUGAAAUCUCGUCUCUGACCCAGGAUGACUGGGACAAAAUCUGUCAGUACGAGGAAAUCGUCUUUGCUCGAACCACCCCUGAGCAGAAGCUCCGCAUUGUUGAAGAGCUUAAAGCCCGUGAUAACGUCGUUGCUGUCACUGGUGACGGGGUAAAUGACGCUCCUGCCCUACGAGCUGCAGAUGUUGGAAUUGCAGUCGUCUCUGGAAGUGAUGUUGCAAUCGAAGCCGCCGAUCUAGUGUUGAUGGACAAGUUUGACUCCAUCGUCCAGGCUGUCCGAUUGGGUCGUCUCGUAUUCCAGAAUCUUCAAAAGCUUAUCAGCUAUCUCCUCCCUGCUGGAAGUUGGUCAGAAAUAUGGCCAGUGCUCAUGAACCAGUUUAUCGGUGUCCCGCUUCCGCUCAGUUCCUUCUUGAUGAUCAUAAUUUGCGUGUUCACUGAUCUAUUCCUCUCACUAUCCCUGAUAAUGGAAAAGGAGGAGUUUGACCUUCUCAGUCUCCCCCCACGUAACCACAAGAAAGACCACUUGAUCAAUCUCAAGAUAUAUACCCAGUCAUAUUUAUUCAUCGGUGUGAUGGAAACCGUUUGCGCCCACUCGAUGUUCUUCUUGUAUAUGUACCGCAAGGCUGGUAUCCCAUUCCACUCCCUCGUUUUUGCCUAUGAAAAAUACACGGACGGAUUCUAUGGCUAUACAAAGGCCGAGCUCACAAACUUUAACAAUGUCGGGCAAUGUGUGUACUUCGUCACCCUGGUGGUUCUGCAAUGGGGGAACAUCUUGUCCAUCCGAAACAAGCGGCUUUCCAUUCUGCAGGCAGACCCUAUCCGAAAGCAACGCCGGAACCCGUGGCUUGCAGGUGCGGUUUUGGUUUCACUGGCAAUCGCAGUCUUUGUUACUCAAACGCCUGGUAUCAAUAAGCUCUUUAACACAGCUCCAGUGCCUAUUGAGCACUGGUUGUUGCCAAUUCCGCUGGCGGUCGGUAUCCUCUGUAUGGAUGAGUUUAGGAAACUGCUCGUGCGGUUAUUCCCAAGGGGCCCCAUUGCUAGGAUUGCCUGGUAA